AUGCCAGUACAAUUUGAAAAACCUACACUGAUGAGUCUACAGUCAUCUCCUGCUCGACCUACGAGCUUAUACGUUACUCCACCGCUUGAACUAUCAGAUGAUGAAGGCACUGAAGAUCAUAAAGACCUACACCUGAAUAGUACAUUGACUCCACUUAGUUCGCUUAAGUCCAACACUACACUCAAACAAGACCACGAACAAAUUCUUGAACAACGUUUAGCCACGACGCUUCCGUCAUUGGCUAUAUCAACACCUCCAAUCACUCCCAAAGACGAUGAUUUGUUCUUUUUCAAGCCACCGCAAAAAAGGGUCUCCCUGGGGAACACUUUACAACUGGAUAAUGGUGGAACUUCCCCAGAUCCAAGUUCACCAUCUUCGAGUACACCGAAAAGAAUUUUGUCCUCACCGGCCCGAUUUAUGAAGCGUCUUUCCAUGAGAUUAAGAUCGGGAUCUGACGUGGAUCUUAAGCGCAAACCUCCAAGCACUAGCAAGAAUCUCGAUACAAGAGUCACGUCACCAUCACCAGAUUCUACUGUAUUUGAUCCAAGGUCAAAUUCUCUUGAGCAAAACCCAACAACACCACAAGAAGAUAAAAGCUUAAAGAGUUCUAAGUCAAUUAGAAUGAAAAUUUCACGACCUCAGCUAGAUAAUUUAUCAACACAUGAGAAGAAUAAGUCGAACUCUUGCAUAGUAAGUGAGCUGGGAUCACCAAGAAAAAGGGACUCAUCAGGUAUGACACUGAUGGAAUCGCCAUUAGCACAACUAUCUUACUCGUUCACAUCACCUGUCAACUCAUGCGUUACAAAACAUAGUCAACAACUUGCAUCAGCACAAUUUAAUGAGAAAAUGGACCUUUCUAAUUUUGACGACGAAAGUCUGUUUUACGAUUCAACCUUUGCUUCCCGUGACUCUAUGAUUUCCAUUGGUCGAAAUUCCGAAGUACGUAAUAGUGUUGUCCAGAAGCACUUUAGUAUAGGAGGAGAAUCUGAUAUUUUCCGUACACCACCACAAUACCCAGGGUCAACAAAUACAGAAGCUGCUGCACUUGACGAGUUACUGGCAUCACCCGAGAAUGAAGUCAAGCGAAACCACUCACGCCAAGCCAUUCACAACUCUUCUCCAUUACAAUCACGAAAAUCGCAUGCUAGUUAUUCAACGGUUGAAACUAGUCCAUUUCUCAAACUCAAUAUAUUUCUCGAAGAUUCGCAAUUAACUCCACCCCCUUCUUCGAGAACGGCUGCAAGUUCCACUGAAACUUCAUUUACUUUGCUAUCAGAUAAUCAUGAUUUCAUGGCCAUUAAACUUCGAAAGGACAAGCUACAAAAUAUAAAUGAAUUGGUUAAUGUUAUUAUAUUCAAAAUUAUCAAUAAGAAACCAAAUAUAAAGGUCAAUGAUAUUAAUUUGAGUAUAUUUUUCAAAGAUCUGCAUUUGAAGCCUAUAUUGUUGAAAGAACCAGUUACAAAAAAAAAUAGUGCAAUGCGCAACAAGGAGGUGCUGCUAUUGGAUAAUGAUGGAUUGUUGUUGGACUAUGUCCAAUUGAAGAGAAAGCUAUAUAUUAGGGCACAAUUUUGA